AUGAACUUGAGAGACGCCUCAUCGAGCAACAUGAGUGGUGGACUCCCAGCGAGCUGGUUCACUAGCCAUCCUCGUGUAAGAAAUGGUGGUGGUGUGAAUGAUAGAGAGCGUAUAAAUCAAGAAAGUCGUGAGCGGGUAUCAAGGAUAUCGCGAAACGAGACUGCACUACGGGAUGCUUUUAGGUUCAGAGAAGAAAGGAUCAGCGGGAUUGAAUCACAGCGGGGCCUGGGAUUGGAACAAGAUGGUCGCUUAGACGGAUUUCCAAACGCGGUACCAUAUUCCGAUGUCCGAGACGCGCAUCCUGUGGCAGGUGAUGAAGAUAUUGAAAUGCGCGAUGAAGAUGAAGAGGGUGAAAAUGAAGAAGAAGAAGAUUCAGACGCCAUAUUAGUGAGGGAGUUCGAAUAUAAAAUACACAAGAAGCUUAACGAAUGCGUCAAAGUGAUUGAGAAUAGGAGAGACUUGUUACUCUACUCGUUUGAGUCGGACAACGCGGUGUUGCAGCAAAUCCAACAAAACCCUCAAAAUGUUACAGACUGGGACUUCCAUUCCAGUGUGAGCAGGUUACAGAGAAUACGGUUGCGGGCAAUUGAAAUGGAAACUCUACAAUUACAACGCGCUAAAAGCUUUUUUCGCACUAAGAUGGCGGAGUUUUAUCGUGCUGUGCACAAAUUUGCCGCUGCGAAAAACAGAGGAGAACAUCCAAUAAAUCCAGUUACUUUUUUCCAAUCUGUUCUCACCGAAAUUGAUCCUUAUCAAAUGACAGGCAUGAAGAUGGUUUUAGCGUCCAAAAAUGAUACUCCCAUGGUAUCGGAGCUCCCAAAUAGCGGGAACUCUCCAAUUGCUUCGUUUCACAAUGCUUUCCCACAGCAUCAGAAAGGGUUUCCCCUCAGAAGUCUGCCGCCCGAGAUUCUCAGCAUGGUUCUUGAUCGAGUCUCUCAAAAAUCGGAAAUUGCAAAAUACCUCACGGUGUCCAAAGUGUGGGCUGAAAUUAUAGUCAAAUUACUCUACUAUAGGCCUCAUAUCAACAAAAAACAUCAAUUGGACUUGUUCAUGAAGACAAUGGCAAAGCCCGGUUAUAUGACGGUUUUUGACUAUAGAGCGAUGAUUAAGAGACUCAAUUUUUCAUUUGUCGGAGAUUAUAUGACCGAUGAGCAAUUAUUUCAUUUUGUCGGAUGUCCAAACCUCGAAAGACUCACUCUGGUAUUUUGCAAGCAUAUCACGAGCUCAUCGAUAUCUGCUGUACUUACCGGGUGCAAAUUUUUGCAAAGUGUCGAUAUCACAGGUAUUAAGGAGGUAUCAGAUAGCAUUUUCAACACUUUAGCAUUGCAGUGUCGGCGUGUGCAAGGCUUUUAUGUUCCGCAGGCAAGGGACGUUUCUUUAGAAGCUUUACAAACAUUUGUUACCCACGCACCCCUGCUAAAAAGGGUUAAGAUUACCGCCAACUUUAAUCUCAACGAUGAACUCGUAACCCUUCUGGCUGACUUGUGCCCUUUGUUAGUCGAAGUUGACAUCACACUUUCUCCAAAUGUGCACGAUGAAAGUCUCGUUAAACUGUUUUGCCAACUCACUCAAUUGCGGGAAUUCAGGAUCACUCACAAUUCGGCCAUAACUGACAAAUUUCUCAAGGAGGUUUCCCAAAAGGUUAGCAGCUUACCUGCAUUGAGGUUGAUAGACCUGUGCGACUGCGAGAACGUUACCGAUAAGAGCGUUGAACUGCUGGUCGCUCUUGCGCCUAAGCUACGAAAUGUCUUUUUGGGCAAGUGCAGUCGUAUUACAGACAACUCCUUAUUGUACCUCACUCAUUUGGGGAAGAAUUUACAGACUGUGCAUUUUGGUCACUGCUUCAAUGUAACAGACAAUGGCGUGAGGCUAUUGAUUCAGUCCUGUCCGCGAAUUCAGUAUGUUGAUUUUGCUUGCUGUACUAAUCUUACGAACAGGACUCUAUAUGCUCUUGCCGAUUUGACUAAACUAAAGAGAAUAGGGCUUGUAAAGUGCUCUCAAAUGACUGACGAAGGCCUUCUUAAUAUGGUUGCGCUCCGAGGUCGCAGUGAUACUUUAGAAAGAGUUCAUCUCUCAUACUGUUCCAAUCUCACAAUCUAUCCGAUUUACGAGCUGCUCAUGGCAUGUCCAAAGCUUUCCCAUCUUUCUUUGACGGCUGUACCAUCCUUUUUGAGAUCUGACAUAACGGCCUUCUGUAGAGCAGCACCUUCUGAUUUUAGUGAAAAUCAAAAACAGAUCUUUUGCGUCUUCUCCGGAAAAGGAGUUCAUAAACUCAGGCACUAUCUCAUGGGAUUAACUGCUCCGACAAGUGGACCCCAGUCCAACGUGCGCGAGGUGUUGACGAAUUUCAUUGUUACUAAAAAUUUACUACAUGAGGGAGAAGAAAUCGAAAGCGGGGUGCAACGUGUUGGAAAUGAAAUCAAUAACGAGACACCUGCGAUUUUAGCAGCAACGCACAGUUUGACCCCUUUGAAUGCUUUAAACAAUAACGACUUCGCGUUUCAAAACAUCAACUUCGAACGCCUCGAUCAAGUUUUUAGCUCUUUGCGCAGAGUUCAACAAGACAGAAACUUGACCGAACAGGAUGUUGACCGGCUUUUUUCUCUGGUUGAUGAGGACUUUUGUGAGGACCCAGAUUCGGAGCAGUUUGGUGGAGCCGACGGUUGCGUCGCUCCUGAGGCGUCCGACGAUCUGAAUGCAGAGCUGGCUCAAAUGAUAAGAAAGUUUCAUGAACUACAAGAGCGCAUCUGCGACUUUGAAGUGAAUGUCGCUAGUAUGGUUAGAGUUCAGUUCCAAUUUGCUGGUGCUCUGUUGAAUGAGAUGACUCACAUUUAUUUCCAAAUGGUCGAUUUAAAUCGCUGCAUAUCGCAGAUUCAGGACAGAGUGUACGACGUCGGGAUAGAGCGAGAUGUCAAAGGAUUAACUGUGUGGAGAAUGAUGUGGCUUGAAAAAUUCGAGCAAGUGAUGGAAAAAUACAAGCUCACGACCAUCGUAUUGAGACUUUAUCUUAGAGACAAUGUAGCCGCUUUGACUAGGCAGCGCGAAAUUUUUCUGGCACGGCAACGUGCGGCCCUUGCUAUCCCGCCAGGAGAUCAAGAUGUAGAUUCUCAUCAUGAAGGUGAAGCUUGGAACGCUAUGGGAGAUCGAGUGAGCCUUUGGCAACGUUUUGAACUACGCAAUGACCUGCGAAUGAUUCAAUUUGGAUUGAGAGGAGAUCCUGCUAUAACUGCAGAUCUUCCCGUCGCACCUAAUUUUGUUCCAGAGGCAAGCGAGGAGCCCUCCACCACAACUCCAGAUGAUGACGAGUCAUUGGAAAAUGCAUGA